AUGUCAUUAGAUAGAUAUUUAAAAAGAAUAACUCCGUGUCCUAGUAGUGCUAGUGAGCCAAUAAGCACCGAUGUUCGUAAAAGUAAAGGAACAUUCAUUGAAACCCCAUUUACUAACUUCAAGAAGGCCUACGAGUUGUGUGAUAGUCACGCAGACCGACAUUACCAUAAGGAUGCUGUAGUGUUUUGUGAUGGUUUUGUGCAAGAAAUGAGUGGUAGACAAGCUAGCGUAGCAGUUCAACUUAGACGUGAUUUGUCUCACUGCAUUCAAACCAAUAGACGAAAGCUUCACUCUAUUGUUGAGACAAUCAUGUUGUGUGGCCGACAGAAUAUUCCACUUCGUGGUCAUCGGGACAGUGGUACUGAUAUCAAAGGUGCUUCAUCAUCAUCUAACCAUGGAAACUUCCAAGCUCUGCUUACCUUCCGAGUAUCAGCUGGGGAUACCAUUCUUAAGGAACACUUAGAAUCAGCAGGUAAAAAUGCAAUAUAUACUUCUCCAGAAAUACAGAAUCAGAUCCUCAACAUACUUGGUGAUUAUAUUCGUGACGCCAUACUGACAAAGGUUCGUAGCAGUCUUUGUUACUCAUUAGUCGCCGACGAGGUUACUGAUUGUUCAAAUAAAGAGCAACUCUGUCUAGUUUUAAGGUAUGUGGAGACAUCAUCUUGCCAAAUCAGAAAAGAUUUAGUUACGUUUCUGGAAUGUGAUGGUGGAAUUACUGGAGACGCUUUAAGUGACAUGAUGCUGAAAUUUCUCAGUGACCACUUGGAUCCAUCAAAGCUUCGAGGGCAGGCAUAUGAUGGAGCCAGUAACAUGUCCGGUAAAACAAAGGGAGCAGCAUCACGCAUUUGUUCAAAGUAUCCACUGGCUCUCUACACUCACUGUGCUUCCCAUUGUUUGAAUUUAGUGGUUGUGGCUUCUUUUGAGGAGAAAAGCGUUCGUAACAUGACAGGAGUUGUCAAUCGACUAUCAACGUUUUUCUUUGCUCAUCCUAAGCGCCAAAAGAAGUUAGAAGAGGCCAUUCAAAACACCCAGCCUGAUUCAAAUGUUCAGAAGCUAAAGGAUCUUUGUAGGACUAGGUGGGUCGAGAGGAUUGAUGCCUUAGACAGAGUCAGAAAACUCCACCCAUCCAUCGUUGCUUGUUUUGAAACCAUCUCAGCUGAAGGGUCAUCAAUGUGGUCUAAUGAAUCUGUUGUAGAUGCCAACACUCUUCUACUGGCAAUUACUUCUACUGAGUACAUUGCUGCUCUAGUUAUCACACAGGAAUGUAUACAGUACCUCUACAGUCUCACCACUAGCCUUCAAAUGGAAGCUAAAGACAUCGUUCAUGCAAUGGCUGAGGUAAACUCGUUGACAUCUUCCUUGGAGCAAGUUAGAAGUAAUAUUGAUACAUACCACAGCCAGUGGUUAAAUGCUAUUUCUGAUAUGUGCGAUUCAGUAGGAACAACACCAUCAGUUCCUUGAACAUGUAGUCGUCAGCGUCACAGA